CGCUCCCGGAAGUACAUCAAUCGGAACCGGGAGGAAGCCGCCGCACGGUUAGUACGCGACUACUUCUGCGAUAACCCGAUUUGGGGAGAUACCUAUUUCCGUCGCCGUUUCCGCAUGCGGAAACCGCUAUUUCUCCACAUAGCGAAUACUUUGGCGGCCAGGGAGGAGUUCUUCCGAGAAGGGUUCGACGCGGUCGGUCGUCCCAGCCACACGACGCUGCAGAAAUGUACUGCAGCCAUCCGGCAGCUUGCGACUGGACAAACGGCCGACAUAUUCGACGAAUACCUGCACAUCGGAGACAGCACUGGGCGCUUGUGCUUGCUCAACUUCUGCAGAGGCGUCCGGGCAGCCUUCAGUGACGAAUUUCUCCGGAGGCCAACCACGGAGGAUUGUCAGUUCCUCCUCAACCUGCACGAACAAGUGCACGGAUUCCCCGGGAUGCUUGGCAGUGUCGAUUGCAUGCACUGGCAAUGGAAGAAUUGCCCGGUGGCUUGGAGGGGUUCCUACACGAGCGGCCACAAAGGCACCCACCCAACCGUUGUACUCGAGGCCGUUGCCGACUACCGACUUUGGAUCUGGCACGCGUACUUCGGGGUCCCUGGCUCGAACAACGACGUAAACGUGCUCCAACAGUCCGACCUCUUUACCGAAGUUUUGGAUGGUAAAGCGCCGGCCAUCAACUUCGUCGCCAACAACCGACGGUAUAAAAUGGGGUACUAUCUCGCCGACGGCAUCUACCCGAAGUGGCCGACCUUCGUGAAGACGUGCGGCAGGCCAACGAACCCAAAGCAGGCUCUUUUUGCGCAGAAGCAGGAGGCUGCGCGCAAGGAUGUGGAGAGGGCGUUCGGGGUUCUCCAAGCGCGCUUCAACAUCAUCAAAGCCCCGGCUCGUUCGUGGUUCAUGGAGAGCAUGGUCGACAUCAUGUAUACGUGCAUAAUCUUGCACAACAUGAUUGUCCGAGAAAUAAAUUUCAAGGGCAAGGUGAUUUAUCUUAGGGGGUGCUCGGAUUACGAUGCUAUAAUGGAAGAGCUAUUUCUGAAUAAGGGAAUAGCCAAUGCUCAAAACGUUAUAUUAACUGUUAGCUUGGCAGGUGGUCUAACCACAAUCUUGCAUUGUGACAAGUUGUGUAUGCGAACAAGUUCUGGGAAGGACCUCCUAGAACCUAUUGAUCCGGAGAUCGACCAUGCUCGUAGGAAAAUGAAAAAUGACCUAAGUAAGAUGGGAGACAACACUCGAGAGGAGAUUACACUAUUGCGAAGGCAAAUACAAGAGCUGCUAAAUGAUACAGAUUCGGAGAGAGCAGUCAGAGAGGAGCAACAAAGGAAGAAUAGGGAUAUAGCGCCUUUAAGCGGAUGUUCAAUCAUGAAAAUAUGA